ACCAUUAAAGUGCUGAUUGAUUCACUCCUAUUUCUAGACUAGGCAGAAAAAGGUUAAAACAAAAAUCCCUUGCUUGGCCUGUAAGUCUUGUAGCCGCACUUUUAUAUAAGUUUGAAGACUCUAAGGGAAAGCUGUGUAUGCAGCAGCUCAAAAACUACUCCUCCAAGCUCCUACUUCAUGGCCACCAAAAUCCUAGCAUCUUCCAGCCAUGGUUUUGAGAUUGAGUGCAAGGAAAUUCAUGAUUCUUGGGGAAGAUUGAACCAAUUGAUUCGAGCUUUGGCUAGUCGAACUCAGCUUGAAUGCCGGCGAAUCAGAGAGACUUAUAAGGAUAUGUAUGGGGAAGACCUGAUUACUCUGCUGCAAAAGACUAGUAUGACUAGCCAGAGAAAUGAGCCUGGGGUCUCACCAAAAACUUGUGCGGCCUUGUCUCUCUGGAUGCUUGAUCCUCAUGAACGUGAUGCCACUGUUGCUAGGGAGGCAAUUCAGCAAGAUGAUACUAACUUUAAGGCUAUUGUGGAAAUUUUUCUAGGACGAAAAUCAAGUCAUAUUGCCCUCAUCAAGCAAGCCUAUCAAUCAAAGUAUAAAAGGCAGUUGGACCAGGAUAUCGUCACUAUUGAGCCUCCCCACCCUCACCAGAAGAUUCUGGUUGCAUUAGCCGCAUCACACAAGGCACACCAGGCCGAUGUUAGUCAACAUAUCGCGAAAUGUGAUGCAAGAAGGCUUUAUGAGACAGGGGAAGGAAGCCCUGGAGCCAUUGAUGAAGGUACUGUGCUAGAGAUUUUCACUAAAAGGAGCAUUCCACAGCUUAAGUUGACAUUUUCUUGCUAUAAGCACAUCUAUGGACAUGACUACACAAAGUCAAUCACUAAAGGCGACUCCUGGGAGUUUGAGGAUGCAUUAAAGAUGGUUAUAAAAUGUAUUUGCAACCCACCUAACUAUUACGCAAAGACUUUGUUUACAAGCAUUAAAGGGAUGACAGCAGAUAGAGGCGCCUUGGCACGUGUGAUGGUGAGCAGAGCUGAGAUGGACAUGGAUGAAAUUCAAAGGGUCUUCAAGAUAAAAUAUGGGGUAGAAUUGAGAGAAGCAAUAUGCGACAGCAUUCCAUCGGGGGAUUACAGAGACUUCCUUCUUGCUUUAGCUACUAAAACAGCUACUACCCCUUCAAAAGCAUGAAGUUCUCAAUUGUCUUUUAGCUCUAAACCUCCUUGAAUAUGUGGCAUAAUUGUUUCAAGUCUUUGUUUUCCUCACCGUAUAGUUGGAUAGUUAAUAUACUACCUUUAUGAAAAGCAGUCCCACAGAAUUACAGCCGGUUGUUUCAAGUUCUGUGAGGUACAUGUUUAAAGGAGAUAUCAACUUUUUCCUUACUAGCUUCCUAACCAGUCAAGUGACAAAAGAAGCAAAAGCAUGCCUGUCAGACAUCAUCUUUAAACCUCCUUUUGCAUUUAGCUGGCGAAUUUUUCUCCAUUCAAAGCAAAGCUGAAAGGUGAAAAAUAUGGUCAUCUUUUGGUUUCAUUGCCUGUUGAAUUAUGAAGUUUCAUAAAGUUGCAGAUCAACAAUUAUGGCCUUUCUUUAAGAGAAAACAAGCACUAGAAUCUUGGAAAGAUAUUCUGCAUCAAUUAUCCAAUCAAACUGCCAUAAGUAGGCCACAUCAAAACCAGGCCAAUUGCAGAUUUUGAGAUGUACAAUUUCAGGAUCAUCACGUCCAGUAAAUUAAGCCUGGACUAAAAAGUACUGGCUGUACUAAUUAGGCCAGUAGAUAGAAAAAUGUACAACCAUUUUCUGAUCCAAGAAGCAUUAGCAUGCGUGGAGGGAGGAAAAGAUUCCUGAAAAGUAAGAUCUUAAUUGCUUA